AUGGCAAAAUACUUGGAGAAGGUUUGGAAGAACGUAGAGAAGUUUGAUUAUUUUAAAAUCGAACAAACUCCAAGAGAACAAAACUCUAAUGCUGACGCCUUGGCAAAACUGGCCUUGCAGAACGAACUUGAUGCAUUGAAUUUGGUACUAGUGGAAGUGUUAGACGAACAAAGUAUAUGUGAAAAGGAAGAAGUUGAAAUGAUUGACAGCUCGCCUACAUGGAUGACACCCAUAGUUAACUAUUUUCUCAAUGGACAACUUCCAAAAGACAAAAACGAGGCACAAAAACUUUUAUAUACAAUACUUUGCUACACCAUAGUAGAAGGAAAAUUGUAUAGGUGA